UCCUGUAGGAUCACAUGUUGUGAAAGCGUGGCGAGACCGUGGAGACGGGAAACACAGUCGUUUAUAACUGAAAAUAAACACGAUUUUAAAGACAGGAAGAGGCUGCAGGCAUGACCAGAGGUUCAGAAGGAGAUGCAACUCCACGCAAGGAGAAGAAGCGUAAGCAGAGUGUCCUGGCACGGUCUUUAUCGCCUCUGCUUUUUGAAGACGGUACUGGGGAGGACACGGAGUCCUCUGCAGCAGUACAGAAGAAAAAGAAAAAGAAGAAAGUGAAGGAAAAGCAAGCGGAGGAUGAACAGAUGAAAGAAGCGGGAGAGGGAGACGGUAGGAGCAAGAAAAAGAAAGUCAAAACCUCAGAUGGAGAUGAAAAUCUGGAAGCAGAAACGAGUGAAGAGGUGGAAAUACCCAUGAAGAAGAAGAAGAAGAAGAAGAAGAAGAAGAAGAAGAAGCACAAGAGAGAUGAAGUGGAGCAGGAAAGUGAGAGCAACGGGGACGUCAACCCUUCUGAUCAACCGAAGGACAAAGAAAGCUGUUUGGAAGCCGUUGGGUCUAAAAGCAAGAAGGUUGAGGUAGAGGGCAGCUGCCCCAUUAUGCCUUUGACUGCAGAGAAAAAGAAGAGGAAGCAGAGGGAAGCAGGGCUGGAAGAGACAUCUGAUCAGAGCAGAGGAGAUUUACCAGCGAAAAAGCAGAAAGCAACAAACAGCAUCCAGGUGCCGCCGUCUGAUGCAGACGAACCAGUCGAGGUGAGUUCCUCUGAAGACCCUGGAUGCAAAGUGGACUCGACACGGAGCAGCACCAAAAAGAAAAAGAGGAGGUCGGACGUUGACGAGCCAGCAGAGUGGAGCGGAGUCGACCCCGGCCAGUCUCCAGGGGGCUCCUCAAAGAAAAGGAAGAGGAAGACGGUGAACGAGAGCCAGCUGCUUGAAACUAGCGUCGACGAAUCAGAGGAGCCUGUCAUAGUGUCUCAGGCUGAUCUUAUCCAGACCCCAAGCAGCUCUAGAAAGAAAACGAAGCAGGUCGUGAACCAGAGCCAGGAGCCGCGGCUGGACGUCAGAAACCCAGAAGCACCUUCGAGGUUAAGUUUCACCGAGAUGCUUUGCGGAUUCCAAGAGAAGAAGAAGAAGAAAAAAAAGAAGAGAGAAAUAAAGAAGAAAGGCAUUGCGGUCAGGACUGCCGAUGACACAAAUGGGUGGCAGACUGGUGAGGCUAAAUCGCCCCGAUUAAGUGAAGAAGAGCUAGGAAGCAUGAUGGAGCAGCUGAAAGAGUUUGUUCCGAAUGUGGAGAAGCUGUCACCAAGUGUCGUUGUCGGAAUGGCUAAAUCCGACCUGAAAAGGUUCUUGGAGUUUAAAAAACAAGGCAUAGCUAUAAGGUCCGGGAGGUUUAAUGCAGAAGAAAACGAGAGGUUGCAGAAAAAUGUGGAGGACUUCCUUUCGCUGACCGGAAUCGACUGCCCCCAAAAGCUUUUUUACACCUCACGCUACCCUGAAGAAAUGAGCACGAUCAGGCAGCUCAAAUUGCAACAUAGAUUCCUGACAAAAAUCUGUGAAGGAAUCCCAAGGGCUACGAAUCUUAUUUACAAGCGAGGAAGAAAGAUGUUUGACGAAUUGAAUUAUAAAGGCAGUUACACAGAGGAAGAGGAGGAAGCCUUGAAGAGAUUCCACACUCUGCAUGGGAACAACUGGAUCAAGAUUGCAGGUUUGGUGGGCCGGAGCGAGCAAUCUGUAGCUCUGAAGUUCUCGACGUUUGACCGCAAGAAUAAAGGACCCUGGAACUACAAUGAGAGAAGGAUCCUGUUGAAGGUGAUGGAAGACGAGCUGCGCAAGACUCUGGACCCGGUCGAGAGUAACAACCUGGAGCAGGGAGGGACCCCUGAGCAGAAUGCCAGGUUGCUGACCAUCGUCAGGGAGAAGCUCUAUCAGAACAUCCACUGGGUGGAUGUUGCGGCCAAAGUGAAAACCCGCAACUGGGUGCAGUGCAGACAAAAGUGGAUGCAUAUACUAACACAAAGGAUGAACCAAGGGGUGUUCAUGUUUAAGGGUCGCAAAUGUCUCCAGGCAAAAAUCAACUUGAUAAAUAAGUUGUAUUCAAUGAAUGUGGAGGACCAGAAUGACAUAGACUGGGAGGACCUCGGAGAUAUAUUUGGGAAUGUGCCCCCGUAUUGCAUUCAGCACAUCUUCACCAGGAUGAAGAUUAGCUACGUCCCCAUGUGGAAGACCAAGCCCUUCGGAGAUAUCAUUGACUACCUGCAUGAAGUAACUGUGCCGGCUUUAAAAGAAAAGAUCAAGAAAUCAAAAACAUACGACGAGGAAGGUGUCGGAGACUCGUACGAGCCCCACAAAACCUUCAAUUUCUGCGACAUAUUUUACGAGAGCGACUUUGAGAUUGACGUGGAGAUUGAAGAAAAGGACCAGGAAACGUAAAGAAAAGGACGAAAAGAAACAAAAAAAGCUUUGGGGAAAGUUUUUCCAAGUCUGGAGUCCUGUUUCAGGGACUUGGUUUGCAAGCAAAAAGAGUGCAGCAGCUAAAUGGGGCUGAACUCCAGAGCAUACCGUAUAGCAGUACCGUGAAGGACUGGGACAGCUGUACAUAACUGUACAUUUAAAUCUGGUUUGGGAGGUGGUAGUAUAAGAAAGCACACCCCCUUCAGUGAUUAUACUUCUGUUUUAUAAUUCUUUUUUUAAAUAUUUAUAUAUAAAAAUGAAUGUAGGGCAACUUCUCAAACUCCCAAAUGCCCUGUUAAAAAAUAAAAUGUGUGCCUUU